UGAUCGAGGAGCAAACCAUGCCUCGAGAUCAGAUGCACAGGGGCUUCACACUUCCAUUUUCAACCCUGUAAUUCGGGCACUUGUACCGGGUCUGGUCCGACCGGAAGCUUUGAUCAUGACCAAAUAUUCAUCAUGAUAAAUUUAGAUCAAAAGUGUUUUUUUCUACGCUUGGGCUGGGCUGGGCUUGGUUUGGCUCGAGGAAGCUCCCGUGUAUUGGCGAAGUCUGGCUACCCACGGUUGGUUGAAGAUGGCGAGCUUACCAGGAAAUCGACUUCGACUUUGCUUCAUCAGAUGUUGCCAGUUGGCGCCUUUCUUCACGCACUUGUGAAGCAUGAGCAUGAAGGACGAUGCGUCAAACCCAAAAGAUUGAAGCAAAUGUGAUUGCCAAGUAUAGGCCCUCAUCCUCUUGAGUAGAAGACUAGUGGAGUGGCAACAUUCAACAUCUUCAAGAACAGAGUUGCUCACCUUCCUCUUCUUCUAGCCUUCAUGUUAUAUUCGUUGCGAGCAUCGGCUUUUGCAUGUUUUUGGAGUAGUGUAAUCACUCGAUUCAGCUUAUUAUAAAUUCU